CACAGGUGACUCGUCGCCAGUGCUCGAUCGAGGCGAAGAAAAGUGACGCGCCGGUGUCGAUAUACACCGCGGAUUACGUUGAGCGAACGGUGAAUGGAAGGAAGAGGCGGCGACAUAAUCGAUCGAGAUAUGGAAUAAUCAACGCGGUGCCGCUCAACUUUUGCGCGCCACUCUCGUCGAAUUCGUUACGCCCGACGAGCUCGUUACGCACGAGGAGGAGGAAGAAAAACAAAAUCGGAACACGAUGAAUCGCGAAAAAGCGAAAAGGAAGGGGAUCGAUGGCGGUUGGGGGUGGUUCGUGUGUUUCGGAAGCAGCCUUAUCUCGCUCUCUUUAAGAUCCUUGGAUCCCUCGUUUGGUCUUCUUUUUCACGAUCUCUUCUUGGAGCUCGAUAUAGAUUCAAUGAAAGCCUCUUUGAUAAUGAGCAUUCUCGACGCCAUCGUCAAUUUUUCCGGCCUUUUGGUAGGACCUUUAUUGAAGAAGUACUCUUAUCGACAAGUAUCUUUCUUUGGAUCUCUUUUAAGUUGUAGCGGGCUGAUAUUGACAUCGAGGUCAAAUAGCAUGAUUCAUAUCGUUUGCACUUACAGUAUUUUGGGAGGAUUAGGAACUGGAUUGGCGAUUGCGGCAUCUUUCGUGGCAUUGAACACAUUUUUUGACAAAAAGAGAGGACAAGCCGUAGGAUUUUCUAUGGCAGGCACAACAUUGGCCAUGAUGGUAGUGCCUCAGUUGAUACAUCUUCUUUUGGAUGCUUACGGGUUUCGUGGCACGAUGUUAAUCGUUGGAGGAUGGGCAUUGCAUUCCGCAGUUGGUGCUUGUUUAUUACGUCCGCUUCGAGUCGAAAGUUCAAAACCCGUUGAGAAGCCCGUAAAUAAUUCCUCAGAGAAUGAUACGUUGCUACGGUUAAAUGACGCCGAAACGACGAAAAAGGUUGAGUACGGUACGAACGAUUGCGAAAACAAUACCGCGACGUACGAGGAGAUAAAGCAACACGGGAAAGAAAACGAGUUGUUACGAAAAAUAAAGGAGACUUUCGAUCUGGAUUUAUUCAAGGAUAGCGUCUAUUUAAACAUCGUCGUCGGUCUGAGCUUAUAUUAUGUAGCCGAGUCCAACUUCAAACUGAUGACGCCGUUUUUUCUGGCCAGCAUAGGAAUGAGCAAAGCCGAGAUCGCUUCCUGUUUAUCGAUAACUGCGUUCACCGACAUUCUUGCCCGACUCACACUCCCAACUAUAUUCGAUAAAUUAAGAUUGAAAAAGAGGAUCGUGUUCUGGACGUUUUCCAUACUGGUUGGAAUUGGACGAUCGAUCAUGGUAGCGCAAUCGAAAGGAACAUUUUUGAUAGUGACAUUCGUGAUAAUAGGAUUUUUACGGGGCGCAACUUUGGUGAAUUUAAAUCUCACCGUAUCCGAAUAUUGUUCCUUGAGCAAAUUGCCGAGUGCCUUUGGAAUGUUCAUGGUGUUUAAAGGUUUAUUCGUAAUAAUAUUGAGUCCGUUGAUCGGAUACAUCAGAGAUGCCAGUAAAAGUUAUGCAAUUUGUAUACACGUGAUGACGUUAAUUAUAUCCACCAUGUUCGUUACAUGGAGUAUCGAGUUUAUUUAUCCAACCUUAGAGGAGCGUAUCUUAUCAUUUCUAGCGAUACUUCCUAUACAACAAACUUUCGGUCUAAUCUUUAGGGAACGUUUCUUUUCGCUCGGUAUCACGGCCACACAAACGUCAUUAAUUGUUCAUCUGAAUGGUACGAUCACGUGCAGCCUGGGUCUGAUAAGCGGUCCAAUGAUGAAGAGAUUCACGUUCAGAAAAGUCGCGUUUCUCGGCGGUUUCAUUGUCAUCGUUGGAAUCUGUGCAGCUGCGUUCGCAAUCUCCUUGCCCUCCAUUAUCAUCACUUAUUGUUUUAUCGUGGGUAUAGGGCACGGUAUCAUGUUUCCAGCCACGAAUCUCGCUAUGAACACGUAUUUUCGAAGGAAGAGAAACGUCGCCAUGGGAUUGUCGGUCACUUUAACCGGUCUUGGACCCAUCCUGAUGCCCCUUUUAAUCGCGAAAUUAUUGGAAAACUACGCGACCACCGGAACUCUUUUAAUCCUCGCUGCCAUAUCCAUGCACUCGUUGAUCGGCGCGUCCCUUCUCAAGCCAUUUAAGGAGGAACAAAUCGCAAGUAUAAGAAAGGGCAACGACACCGAAAAUGCAGCGAAAGAAAUUACCGUGAAAUUAAAUGUAGAGAAUGGCGUCGAUUCCAAUCGUCGAUUAUUGGAAGAAGAAUCGGAACGAAAAGGGAACGUGUCGAGUGAACAACAUGGAGACGCGAACGUGGAAAGCGCAAAAGAGGAGAAAAAGUCAGCUUGGGCAACGAUUACGGAACACAUGGAUCUUGCCCUUUUGAAGGAUGCCCGUUACGUAGCCGUUAUUUUAGGUAUGGGUGUAUCUUUGGUCGCGGAAACAAAUUUUAACACGAUGAUACCUUUCGUUCUUACCGAACUUUCUGGACUGGAAAGGACCUCGAUCGCCACCGUCAUGUCUAUCCAAGCGAUCUCGGACAUCACCGGACGUCUCUGCGUCCCACUUUUGGCGCAGAAGGCCGGUUGGACAUCGAGGAAUCUUUACGUGGUUUCCUUGAUAGGAUCCACCAUUGGAAGGACCAUAUUGUCAACUUGGGGGAAUACUUACGUGGUGGUGAUAGGUGUAGCGUUGAUUAUUGGGAUCGCAAAAGGAACAAAAGCGGUCUUCCAAACGUUAAUAAUUCCCGAUUACGUGUCUCUCGAAAGACUACCGGCUGCAUACGGAAUGCAAAUGGUUUGCAAUGGAAUUUUAUCUAUCAUUAUUGGGCCAUUUAUAGGUUUAGUACAUGACUGGAUGAUGAGCUACGUCGGUGCUCUCCAUUUCACGUCAAUUUUGAGUCUUUCUUGCGUUGUUUUAUGGUAUAUAGGAGGACUUUGGAAAUUCCGUAAAGAUUCUACAAGAGAAGAAAUGACUAAAGCUUAGGAAAAAAAUACUACUUAUCGAUUCAAUAAUCUAAUCGAUUUUGAACGAUUAUUUUCAUUUAGGAGAAAAGAUAAAAAAAUUGUAUGAUAUUAAUGACAAAUUUUCGAAUUUAUAUAUAUAAAUAAUUUCUAAAAAUAAAAAUUAUGUAGAAUAAAUUGCGAAAUUGCGAGAAUAUCAUAAAGGAUUAAAAGGAAAUUUUAUUUUCAUUUUUUAAAAAUUUUAUACAUAUAUUUAAUCAAAUUCUUCUUGACUGAUCGUUUUGUAACAUUAAAUACAAUUUUUGAAUAAUAAAAAAAAAACUUA